CGUGAUGACGCAAUUUUUGCCUUGUUGGAAGGUGGUUUUACUAGGAAGUAGUGUGACGGUAGACGAUCGCUGUAAGGAGAGAGCUACUCAGAAAAACCCAAAGACUCCCGGACGGACUCACGCGAAUGGUAUUUGGCGUCCUACUACUGAACAGUAAGACAAUGAAAGUUAAAUAUGAAGCUUUUUAAGGUUUUUUUUGUACGUUUUAUGUCAUGUGGGACCACGCCCUCUCGGUGUUAUAGAUAAUAAAGGGAUUAUUGAGCUACCAUCGAAACCGGCCUAAUGAGCCAAUCCCGUCUACAAUGGAAAUUGUUUUGCAAUGGGGCUAAUAUGCUCUCUUUCAACUUAAACUAAUGUUUUCCACUGAAAGUCGCCUUUGUUUUCAACGCAACGAUAAGUAGGUCAUUUCAUUUGAGCCUUCAAUGAGUGACAAUGCUGCAGGAUAACGGCCGUAUUUAACAAAACAUUAAACCGUGCCGUACGAUUUGUUUCUUUUACCAUUCUUACAUUUAUUAAUUGAAAAAAACACAUUUUUAAAUAGCCUUCUGUGCAUAUUAUUUGUUUUGACAUUUGAUAUUGUAUAUGGAUCUCGUGACAAAGGCAUGUGGGGGCGGGGCUCAAUAAAAGAUGAGGUCAUAGUGGGAACGUGGAUGUGAUGCAACGCCAAGUUGUUUACACGGCAUUUUUGUAGACGUGUCAUUAACUCAUUGUGAAAGAAGGUGUUAUCUGACAUGAGAAACGACGCAAUUUCUUAAUUAUUCUUAGAUAAAAUCUUAUUGUCAUGUGUAUGCAUGUGAUUCUGCAGCUCUCACUUGCAUCUUGUUUGCACGACAGACCCAUAACAACGCAUGCUCAGACGACCAUUCCUCAAAGGUCCAUCACAUUAGCAUCAAUCGUGAAUGCAUCAUGGUGAUACCAUACAGUCUAUGGGUGAUACUAAGUACUGUACUUAGAGUGUCAUACAACCUAAUCGAGAGUGAUUUAUUUGUUUGCUCAAAUAGUUUAAAGAUUACUUUCGUUUCAACAAGCACGUGAUGGUCAUAUUUUAGUUUUUGCUUUCGGUUUCCUGGACCUUUUUUUCCUAUCAGCAAAUUGCAUCAGUUUCUGCAAACACUACACAUCUUCACUGUCAUUCUUUUUUUAACCUCAAUUUUCUUAACAACCCCCUUUAGAUAGCUUCUUUUUAUGAUCUGCCCUAACUCCAGAGACCUUCCACUGAAGUAAAAUGAAUAACUAAACAGAACAAAGACAGAAAGUCAAUGAACUUUGUUUAUCAUUGUUAAUCUGCAUUUUAAUCAAUAUACUGCAACCAAUUAAUGAUGUUUUUAUCCACCCAUAAAAGUACCUCUAUGAUAUCCUAAGCAAGACCUGAUCCUAGGUCAUGCAUGCAUCAUACCACUGUCAUAAAACUAUUAAGAUAGAUGCUAAGCUGCUGUGGUUUUGUCUUUUCCUGCAGAUGUCAGUCACUGAAGACCUACCAGACAUGGAUGGAGCAGACCUGAUGGGGCUGCUCUUCCACAGCAGGGAGGAUGGAUCCACUGAGCCUCUGUUUCCUGAUGAGAACGGACUCAUUGAAUCCUGGCUGUCUGAGCAAGAUGUAAGAAAGAGAAGUACAGAUAAACUUUGUGAAAGACCAUGUUUAAACACAAACUCCCCUUUGUUUUUGGAUUCCUGUACUCCAAGGAUGUAUUUUGGUGUGUAAAACAGUGUAUUUUCCUUCCCAGAUGUUAACAGGCAUGGAUACUGAAGAUUUUCUGUCCAGCUUGUUAGAGGGAGAAGACAACAUGGAGGCUUUCUGUCCCUCUCACUCUCCUCUGGGCAGUGACAGCGGGAUUUCUGAUGACAGCAGCACUGGAGUUGGAAACAACAAUCAUCUGAGUUGCCCCAGUCCUCAGGGUAGCGAUAGUGACGUUGUGCCCAGUCCAAGCUACUCCCAGCCCAGCCCGGUGCCCUUUGACUCUGCCCUGCCUCCUGCAGAACAGCAGACAGAGAGCCCGGAGGCCUUAACCGUCCAGGCAGAUCAUAGCUACUCUAUGCUGCAGAGCGAGGACAGGGACAUGGAUCUGCUGCAGAGCGUGAGGGCUGAGAAGCCUGAUACUGAUGUCUUCAUUGAUUUAGGUAAGUGGAUUACAAGAAUACCUGAUACUGACACCAAUCAUGAGGCUUACUACUUAUCCUCCUAAAUAUCAGAAAACGUGUGGAUUCAAAGUUCUUUUAAAUGGAAAAAUGGAGCAUUUAUCACCUCAUACAUCAGAAAAUAAUCCCUUUGAUGUUUAAUUUUCUUUCGACAGAUGACUAUGUGAGUGAGGUGAUGGAGGAGGACAUCACCAGUGAGCUGCCCUGCUCUCUUGACAUAGAGGACUCAACAGAAAACUCAUCAGAGCCAAAAACAACAGACCAGGUCAGUUUUUCCCUCUUUCAUCUUAUCUUUACGUAUUUUGACCAAACCAAAGACAGACAUUUCUAGUUUGAUUUCACUCAUACAUGAGACACAAUUGACAAGAUUGUGAUCAAAUUUUACCCGCUGCAUGAUGCAACUGUGGUACAAUUGUAUAUAUUACUGUGCAGCCAAAAAUGUAACAGAUGUGAAAAUCUUUGUCUUCUCUUCCUUCAGUUCCAGUUUAAAGAGAUUGUGCUCACUGAGGAGGAGAAGCGGCUUCUGUCGAAAGAGGGAGUCACUAUUCCAACACACAUGCCCCUCACAAAGGUAAAUCAAAGUCAAGGGGAAAGGGUAGGGGGUGUUUUCUGUACAGUUGACUCAUAGCAUAACAUGAAGUGAGUAUUGCCAACCUUCAGUAGCAGUUCAAAGCAGUUGUGUUAUUAAUUGCCAUGUUUACAUUGUGUUUAUAACCUUUCUUCUCUGUGUAACAGGCAGAGGAGAGGACCCUAAAGAGGGUCAGGAGGAAGAUUCGCAACAAGCAGUCUGCUCAGGAGAGCCGCAAGAAGAAGAAGGUGUACGUUGAUGGUCUAGAAAACAGGUGAGAUAAAGAGAAAAAUGUGCUUUCAUUGAGUUAAUUUCGCACCCGAGACACAUCAGUCAGCUACUCAGAUUUUUUCCACACAAAGCUUGUGGUGCUCUGGUGGUAAUUGUCACGAUUCAGCUUAUCUUCCAAAUACCAAAGUGUACUUCCAGUGCAUGUGUGAUAAAGAUGAUCAAAUUCAUAGGAGUUUGCCUUAUACUUGUGCUAAAAAUGAGCAAGAUUCAACUAGUUUGAUUAAUACUUUCUGAAAAUAAACACUGUCAUAAAAGUUUCCUUUAAUAGCUGUAAUUUAUUAUAUGUUUUUAUUUCAAUGGUUGUUCAAAUCUUCUGUGUAUGUUUGGAAAAACAUAAUUCAUAAAUCAAUAUGCACCACAGGGUUGCCAUCUGCACUGCACACAACCUGGAACUACAGAAGAAAGUCCAGAUGCUUCAGAAACAGAACAUGUAAGAAGUCUGAGAUAACGCUCCUGCACUGAUCUGUAAUUACACAAUCACAGGAACUGUUUAUGACUCUUGAAAUUAUCCUGCCUCUCCCAGAUCCUUGAUAGAGCAGCUGAGGAAACUGCAGGGAAUAGUGAAAAUGUCAACCAUGAAGGCAAGCACAACCAGCACCUGUGUCAUGGUAAGUUUCUUGACAUUGACCCAUCUUUUCUCUUAAUUACUGUCAUAUUACAAGUUUUUGUCAAAGUGCUGGAUUUCCUCCUCACUCUUUUCUUGGCUUUGUCUUCCAGGUGUUCCUGCUUUCUUUUUGUCUCAUCAUCUUCCCGUCAGUAAACCCAUUUGGUGGGAAGACAGAUCAGAAGGAAGUCUACACACCCUCUUCCAGUAAGCAACCUCCAAAUGACAGAAACUUUCUUUGUCCUUUGUCACACUCUUACCUUUGUUGACGCCUCUGUCAAGAAGUAGAAUAAUGGGACUUUUCAUCAGGAGAACACACCUUUUCAGUGUGCUCUAGCAAACUGCAUCACGUUCCUUCAGAGAUUUUUAAUUAAAAAGCUUUCCUGCUUGGCAUUGCAGUGUUUCCUUGCUGAUCGUUCACUUUUCUUAUUCACACACGUGGCUUUGUUUGCUCAGCUUUGGUAUUUGAUUUUAUUUUCUGUUCUUUGUUACAGUCAUUUCCCGAACCUUGCGCUCAGUGCCCCCAGACAGCACAGAUGCCAUGCUCUACCUCGAGUCUAAAGAGGAAGAAAAAGAUUUUCUCCUUAUUCCCAAAGCAGAGGUGGAGAUCAAUGCACCCAUUUUUGCCAGCGGUCAAAAGAAUCACACUCCCGACUAUCAGAGGCCCGACACUGAAACUGGAGUCAACAGCAACUCUUCUGCAGACUUCCCCAGUCCUGCUCAGGCUGCAGAGAUGACACCUCCAGGGGUCGGGGCCUUACAGGAAGGAUCUGUUGAUGGUUCUGUGACGUCGCCUGUGGCAUAUGAAGUCAAAGGAUCCAAGGAUAACUGGAUAGACCAGAACCCCCCAUCUGUCAUAUUACAGCAGCAUCGUUCAGAUGAGAUGUAGUACUGAGAUGUGGAUACAUUUUACCAGCAGAGGGAGCCAUACUUUUAAUAUUUUAGCAGAGGGUACCUGAACUUUCAUAAGUAGAUGGAAAUUAAGAGUUAUAAUCAAGAUGUAUGAUCAUUUUAUUUGUCCCUACUUUUCCCCUCCAUAAGCCCUCUGAUGUACUACUGUUGUUUAAUUUGCACUUUUUUUUUAACCCUUGUUCUAGUGGACAAAAAAAACUUGAGAGAGAUGUCCAUACUACUGCAGCAUAAAUGGUGCAAGGUAUAAAAGAUAUACCAGUGUUGCUUGAGGCUAUAUGCUACCAGAUAGCAUUUUAGGCUCACAAAUUCAUGUCAAAAUGGUGCUGAUGACCAAAAAUUUAGAAUUUGUGGGAAACACCCUAGGUAUGUUCAAUGAAACUGCAGUAAAAUACUGUUGAAUAUUCAUGGCUAAAUUGAAGGGAAAGCCUUGUUUGACACUUUCUGUUGAAACUCCAGUAGAUCCAGGUGUAACGCUGCUCAUGAAUGACUCUCUCAUGUUUAAGUAUUGUGAAAGUAAUUUGUCCAAAAGUUUGCAUUGCAAACUCACCAGAAACCUCCAUUGCAUCAGUAGGAGAUUAGCUGCUUAACUCUCAUGAAGCUUGAUCAAAGUGGUUGUUAGACCACCGUAACGCUUAAGCCAUUGCAGGACAUUUGGCCUUUUAGAAGACUUGUAAAGUUUUAGUAUUUCCCUUGUAACAAGGGUAUCCAUGCUCUUUUUUAAUUUUGGAAUGCUUUAGUUUUAUGUUGUACAGUAAAGCAAAAAAAGGAAAAUCUGCAAAACAACAAGACAAUGGUCCCUUGAUGUUCUCAUUGUUCGUAAACUCCAACCUGCCCCUACAGUCUCCUCUUUUCAAACUAGGUGGGACAGUUCCUCCUUUCAUAUACAUGCCUGAAAUAUCAUAAUAUGGGGUCUAAGGUAUUUGCUGAGAUGACCAUGUUGCAGUAAAAUAUUUAAAAAUGUAAUGACCUGUUCCGUCAGUGAUGCAUUUUUGUUAUUUCUUUGUAUAUUUCUUAUGUUACUGUCAGUAAUUAAUGGAAUCUUAUGGUAUUGGAACAGCUUUUUGUCCUGAUAGACAGUCAAUGAGAUUUGAAGUGAUCAUGCUAAACAAAAGCACUGAUAUUUGAUAAAGUGUAAGAAGGGAAUGUAAAUAGGCUUAUAUAUGAUUGUAGCUCUUCUGUACAUUUGAACUCUUUAUGUACAAGACAUGUCUGGACCUCUAUAAUAAACAACUUUUUAUAAAUCAGAGAG